ACCUUAAACACGCACCUGGGAACGGCUCACCAGCUCACAGCAAGAUGGACGGCGAGUGAAAACUCUCACUCGACAGGUCUGAGACACGAGCAAAUAUUGCAAAGAUGAACUCAAACCUGUGGAAUUUUAGAGAGAUGCUAAGCAUCCCUGUGGGGCCUGGGAUGACAAAACAUUCUACUCGAGACAGUGCUCCUAGUGACUACUCCAGUUUGUCUGACUCUCAGUUUCUUUUCGGAUCACAAUUCUGUCCUGAGAAUUCACAGUCACAGGAUUUUAACUUGUCUUCAAGAGCACAGAAGAAUUCCCAGCAGAACUCUCAGCAGAUUGAAACUGAGUCGAAGAUCUAUGAGAAAUAUCAGGCUAAGCCAUACUUAUUUGCUGCGGAAAGCAAAGAGAAUCGUUUAUUGACUCAAUUUUAUGCUGGGAAAUCCAAAAGCCUUCUGGAGCAGUUUGAGAUUAGCAGAAGAAAGGUGAAAGAUAAAGAAGAGAGUGAGCACUUUAAUAACUGGCUUUCUAAGCUGCAGGAAAGCAUUGACCGGAUUAAAAUAUGCUUUAAUAAUCUUGAAAAGAAGACCGAACUGCACAAUAGAUCGGUUCUAGCGGGAUUGGACAGUAUAUCAAAAACAAUGCAGGAGAACAUAAACACUCACUAUGAAUCAAUUGUGAGUGCCUUGGAAGCUCGAAGUAGUACUGAGCAAAUUCUGGAAAUGGACAAGAGACUUGCAUCUAAGGAGAAGGAAGUGAGUAAUCUUAGAACUCAACUACAAACAAUGCAGGAAUGCCUAGAUGGGAUUAAAAAUUCACAAUAUGAACAACAUCAGAAAAUGUCUGAACAGCUGUUUUGGUUUAAAGAUAACUUUCAGGUUAAAGAAAUCCUGUCUGAACUUCAUAAACUCACUUUUAAUUCAAACCUAAACAUCCAGGUGCAAAAUAAUACAACACAAACAACACCUAGUUCAAAUGAAGAACUGUGCGUAGUUACUAAGGACAAGGCUUAUUAUGAAAGUACAAGACUUUGCAGAACAUCAAUCCAACCUCAACCAGAUGUUGUGGACAGCCACCAAUGCUUUGAUACUAAAGCAGUAUGUUCUGAAAUAUUACCUAAUGAUGAUAGCAGUAUUCAUCUGAAUGUUCACCAAAAAACUUUACCAGCGGAUGCCAGGUCGGGGCUACGUACUUCCAUUCAUGAACAUAAUGCCAUGUCUUCAUGUUGUGGAGGCAAGGCUGAAGACACUUCUUCAUUUUCUGCUGCAACAAACUCCAAUCACACAUCUGAGUGUCCAUUUCCUCACAUUGUGCACAGGGAGGUUUUGCCGAAUGAAUUACCUUUUCAAGUAUCUUCCCAUGCUGAUGUCAAAUUGGCUGAAUACCAGAGUGGCUCAAAGAGCAAAACAGUCUAUACUUCCAAUGCUCCUAAGCAGUGCAUUAUUCAGAAAAUAGAUCACAAUGACAGUGAAAACGGAUGGGCUCCUGUAUCCUUCAAUCCAAAUGUAAAAUAUAACUUUGGUCAGAAAAUGUGGCAGAACACAACUAUGAAGAACAAUACAAGGAGAGGUUACAGCGCAAUGACAGGCAGGAAGAUGGCAACUGGACGAUGCACUAAAAAGGGAACCACCUAUAAUGCACGCAGUAAGAAAAAGGAAAACAUUGCCAAAGCAUCAAAUAAAUCAAAGAACCUUAAUGUUUUCAUUAAACAAGCUGCUUUGGAUAAGCAGAAGAUUAAGGCAGGUACCCACAGAAAAACAACUAUGAAUGAAAGGCGAAGGCACUCUCUUGAAGGACUCUAUGUGGGAGAUCAGAACUGGCGGGGACAAGUAAAAAGGGGCAAUUUUCCACAACAGCAGAAUUGGGGGAAAGAGAUUCCUAAAGUGGCUGAGAGAAAUCUUUCAUGGCAGUCUCCUAAUUCUUUACAAAGGAGCGAUCUGCAAAAUGAUAUGGAAUCUGAACAUCAUCUUCAGUCGUGGUUUAGUCCUUUAACUCAGGAGAGCUCCUGUGAUAAAUCACCAAAGCUUUCACUUGGAAAGGAAGCACAAAACAAAACACAGCUUAACCUUUUUGACAGCAGUGAAGACUCUGAUUGAUUAGGGUAUAUAUAGCUUUUAUUACAUUUCACUUCAAUAUUUUACACACAAUAGCAAGAAUGAAAAAAUAGUAAAAAUUCAUUUUAGUAUAAAAUUUACAUUAUGUAACAAAUAUAUUUUGUUCAUGUUGAUUUAUUCGA